AUGUGUGAACUAAUACCAGAAGCGGAGAAUUGUUGUUAUUUUAUAUCAUUAAGGAUCGGAAUGCUUUUUAUUUCCGUUCUAGCUAUAACGACUGGAGGUAUUACGCUGAGCGUCAUAGAGCAACACUCCAACGUUAGUUAUGACAAUCUGAAGAAUGUUACCACAAUCAGAGAUCCCAACAAAGCGUUCUCACACAUCGGGUCGCUGAUAAGGUCCGGAGUUACAACCAUGUCGGUGUUCUUUAUGCUGAUGGGCGUCGUUCUGCUAUUUGGUACUCUGACUAACUCCGAAGGGAUGGUCCAAGUAUUCGUAUGGGUCCUGUUCUUGAACAUAGUAUUUGCGUUCUUUCUCGUCAUCGCAAUUUGCUUCGAGUGCGUGCUAUAUGACGACAGAUGUAUCUUUGGGGAGAUGGACUGGCUCUCGUCGUCCGCCUUGCUUGUGCUCAUAAUAACAUAUUUAUUUCUUUGGAUAUAUUUUAUAUCUGUGGCGAACGGUUACGUUAUGAACGAAAGCUAG